AUGCCCGAAAAUCUCCCAGCCCUUGUGGCACAGAAAUUCCAGUCCGCUCUAGCAGCGAAAGAGCUGAUAUUUUCAUCGACCGAACUGACAGUCAUACGUACUUCAUCAGGACUACCGUUUCAAUUACGUUAUUGUCCAGCUCUCGCAAAGAAGCCCACCUCUACUACGCCCAAGUCGAGCGCAACUGCGAAACGAGUCGAUCCCUUUGAAGAUCCUAUAGAGUUGCUUCAUAUAGCCAGCAUUCCGCCUACCGAUAGCUCCCACGUCCUCGUACUGAACAAGUAUCCUGUGAUUCGGAAUCACUUCAUACUUGCAACCAAGCAGAACAAACCCCAAACACACCAGUUGGAGGAAGACGAUCUCGCCAUAACGUUGCAGUGCAUUCAAGAUUGGGAAAGGGAUGGCAAUCGACGUCUUUACGCAUUCUUCAAUUCUGGGGCUCAUAGUGGAGCAAGUCAGCCGCAUAGACAUUUGCAAUUUUUGCCUGUCGAGUCUAUGUCUCAUCAAGAGGGCAGCGCGAGCUGGACCUUGAUGACGGACCGCAUCAUUGCGAGCUCAGAGAAGCUAUUACCAUUUGCCUAUUUCCACGUCAAAUUUACCUCGGACAUAAGCCCAGGCCAGUUGCACCGAGAGUACCUGAAUUUGUACAAUGCUGCUGAACGGUCUGUUCGUACUUACAUCUCAUCGUCGUGCGGUGAUCUCCAAUUGCAUCCAACGGGUGGAGGCGACUUGCCUAUUAGUUACAAUCUCGCCAUGACAAGCGAAGGAUUGAUCAUUGCUCCCAGGAGAAGGGAGGGGAUCGCAGUCAGGGAUGACCAGGAAGGGUUUGUGGCGCUCAAUGGAACAGUGCUCUCCGGAAGCCUUAUGGUCAAGGAUGCACUUGAAUACGAGAUCCUACAAAAACGGUUGCACGUCCUAGAUGAACUCCUGAUAUCAAUUGGAAUCCCACAUCAUGCAGAGGAUGGCGAAGGUCCGAACAAGCUGUAA